AUGGGAAGCUGCGAGGAGCUGCAAUCGUUGCUCUCGUUGACCAAAACGGGAAAACAACUGUCUCAAUACCAUAUUAAGUUGCUGCAAAAACAGAAUAUUAACACAGCCGAAGACUUUGUGGAGGCAGAUACUGUUGACCAGAUCUUAGCUGUUAGCAGAGAUACAACUUACGAAAUCAAGCGGGAGCUUCUGGAUUUAAUAGUGGGAAAAGUAAAGCUUAAAUCAGUUUAUCAGCCAAAUCCAGUGAACUAUUCAACUGGCAUUGAAGAAUUGGACAACUUGCUGGAGUCUAUUGGGCAGCCCUUUCGGCCUGGUCGAGUCUGGGAGAUUAUUGGCGAAAGCGAUGCGGGCAAAACUGAACUCUUACACACAUUGGCCAUCAAUUUCGUUUGUAGAAACGGAGUGAAUUGUGGAAUACUCUUUGUGGACACCAAUUCCGGCUUUGAAACCGAACGACUGGAGGAGAUACUGCAGCAGCGACAGCUGGAUGAAGACGCUGUUGAUAAAUAUUUAGAUCAAAUUAAUGUGGUCAAAGCCAUCUCAGCUCAAUCCUUGCUUAUGGCACUGGAAUCUCUGCACGAGCAACUAUCAGAUCGUAAAGCCAAUUUGAAUCAUGUGUCACGCACUAAAGUGGUUUUAAUUGAUUCCCUGACGGCCUGUUUCAUAAUGCUACGCAGCAGUUCUAAUCGCAACAAGGGACGCAGUUUUCUAACGGAAUUGGCCAUGAUUAUGCGGAAAUUAGCUGUGGAACAUGGCAUUGCAUUCAUUGUGGGCAACUUGACCUUCGUUCCGGAAGAUGAAACUGAUGGCGGGGAUGAUGCGGAUGACAACGAUGACGGAUCGACGCAAAUAGACUCAGAUGCAUGGCAAGAGGACUGCACCUAUUUGGGCGACUACUGGUGCUCGGUUUGCACACUAACGCUGGCGCUGGAGCUUCCAGAGGAUUCGCACAGCGAUGGGUUGCGACUGCUAAAGGUGCUAAGUAACAGUUGUGGAGCCAGCGAAGGCAGCUGCUUGCUGCGCAUCACAGACGCUGGCCUCAUUUGAGUUUAGUUGCUAGUUGGGUGGACGACGUGUUCCCGUGCUGAGAUGGUGCUGUUGCUGGUAAGAUUUCAUUACGCGCUUGCCGGGUUCGAUGGCAUCGCUUAGACCAGGACGUUUGCGUUUGUUGUCCCUGUCCCUGUCCCUGCCCUUGUUGGCACUAGAAUGUGGUGUGGAUGUUUGCGCUGCAGUCUCCAGUUUGGCAUCCUUGUCGGCUGAUGCUUCCAGCGACAAAUCCGAGUCGUGUGCAUAUUGGCAGCUGGUGCCAAAGCGGCAGCGUCCCUUCCUAUAAUUCCAACAUAUUUUACGCCCGUUCUUUAGCUGCAUAUGUGUAUCGUUGUUUACCAUUUUGACGUGUCGUUCCAGGGAAGCUGUCUUGUGCAGCUCCGCCUCCAGAAACGGAUUACUAAAUACAUCCCCAGUCCGUUUUGUCGCCGCAUUGUCCAGUGCAGCGCUUGCACUGGGCAAUUUGGGAAUUUUCUGUACUGCGGGCGGCCUGCAAACAUUUAUAUUUUUAAUUUGUAUCUCUUUUUUAUAAAGAUUAUUAGCUAACCCUUCUGACUUGUUUACAUCUUCUUUCUCAGACUCAUUGCUGCUGCUUUCCACAUCAGACUCUGAGGAAUCACUAUAAUCAGCAACCAGCGACAUUGUUUACCUUUUGCUUUCUGAAUAAACAGUGUGACCGCAGUAUUAAGCAAUUGAAAUGCAAAAUACCAACAAAAUAAAUAUAUUAAAUUGCAAUUAAUCACGAAUCCAAAACAUUGCAUACUUUCAGGCUCGGGCAAUUUGUCUGUGAGAUCGACAGCGAGGAAUACUUUUAGGCUUCAAAUAAAUUACGAGUUAAAAAAUCAUAAA